GUGUGGGCUUUGCAACCCGCCAGGUUGGCGGUAUGACUAAACCCACCACCGUCAUCGAGGUAGCGGGAGACACGGUCACCCUGAAGACACAGAGCACCUUCAAGAACACCGAGAUCUCCUUCAAACUGGGAGAGGAGUUCGACGAGACCACCGCCGACGACAGGAAGGUCAAGUCCCCUAAUAACGGUAAACGGUGUAAGAUGAUUCACGUGCAGAAGUGGGACGGCAAGGAGACCACUCUGGUUCGUGAAGUCAGUGGCAACGCCCUCGAACUGACACUGACUCUUGGUGAUGUCAUCUGCACACGCUCUUACAUCAAAGCCGAGUAACAACGUCCACCAAAAAACUCUCCUUUACCACACCUGCCAAAAUCACAACAACCCUUCACCCUUAACCCCGAUCCCCACUGUAACGACCUCUAACCCCUGUCUGACCUCUAACCCCCGACCCCUUCUAUGUUGUCCCGUCCUUCUCUUUGUAGUGCUUCUCCUUUGUAUGAAACACUGAAUAAAUUCCACUGACGUUUAUUUUCUUCUCUAAAGCCUUCCUGAGUUCUUCUCUGUCAGUCACCUCACAAUCCCCAUGACAACAGUCACCACACCUACACCAGAGGCUCUACUUUCAUCGAACCACAGGGAUUUUGCCACUGGCCUGGAGGAAACUCAGUGAAUCUACUAACUGUGUAGCAACCAUUUUGUGCCAAAUGGCUCAUCACGUGUUACAGUUGUAGCAGCCAUCUGGGUGGGUUAUGGCAGCCAUUUUGUGCCGGAGUUGAGAUGUGAGGCUGCUGUAGGGGAASCAGCACUUGGCUCCACAGACGGAUCAAAGCUGCUCUAUAUUCUGCUGUCAGAGAUGGAUUCUGGGUAAACUUUGAACAUUGAGAUGUUAAAGACAUGAUAGAUCAGAUGCAUAGUUUAUAAAGGACUGACAAGUUCAUGGUCCUCUGUAGUAAGACAACUAAGGUUGGAAUGUGUUGAGUGCAGGGAAAACAGAAUUGCAUGUGACAGUAUUUAUAACGGGAGAAACCGUUGAAGGCUCAUAUCACUUAGUUCCCUGCCUAGCAGGAAGGAUGCACUGUUUAGAGAUACGGAGGAGACUCCACCCAAAGUGGGGUAUGAAUACCACCACGGGGGGGAAGCCAUGUCGGUGUCUGAUUUACAGCUGUAACGACCCUUUGGGAAGAAUUAAACUUAGAUAAGGU